GUAAUUUCAUACAAAAUGUUAAUCAAUGUAAUAAACAAGAGCAUCCUUUAAUUGAUUGGUCUGAAUGUGAUCAGCUAAUACAACUAGCUCAACCAGUUUGUAUUCCAGCAAAUGAAUGUAGUUCCGAUUUAAGUUUUCAAAACAUUAGUUGGAAUUCAAUACAUUCACUGACGAUUACACAAAAUUAUAAAAAUUCAUUAAUUCAAGAUAAUAAUUCAUUGAUAAAAAUUCUUGAAUUUGGACAUCCGAAUGAACAACAACAAAUUAUCCGACUAAAAUUAAUUAACUUAGGUCCUACCAAAUCAACUGGACUUCAGAUUUUAACACGUUUAUCUAAUUGGUAUCUUAUAGAUGAUGAAAACUUCACUUACACCAAUGGUAUCCAAGGUAAAAUCAUUCAAAUAAAUAUUAAAAAGUUAUCCAGAAAUGAAACCAAUUCAGUGAAUCUUAUCAAUUCAACAGAUAAAAAGAUAUGGACAAUUAAUAUUGAUGAGAAUGGCUUAUUAGCACUAAUUUCAUUAUCCCCAUAUUUAUGGAUUUAUCCAAAUGAAAUUAUACAAAUAGAUGUACAUGUGUUUAUUCAAGGUCUGUUGUCAGUGACAACUCUUUCAACAGGUCAAGCAUUAAACAAUAAUAAUACGAUGUCAUUUAGUGAUUCAAAUGUGAAUUUUAUAUAUCCGCCAAAAUUUGAAAUUCAAGUGACAUCUGAAACAAACGAUAAACGAAAAGAAAACAAUUUAAUAAGUAUACCCUGUAGAAUUGUUUAUAAACCAAAAGUGAAUAUUUUUGCUGGCAUACAACCAUCAACUAUAAUCGAUGAUAGAUUGGAGCCUUAUACAACUAAACAAAACACAAUUUCACGUAAACUAUUUUCAUAUGAUAUUGGGCCACGAAUUGAACAUACAUUCCUUAUCGAAAAUCAAGGAUGGAUAACUAUGACUAAUCUAAGCCUAAUCUUACAGUUACCAUAUGAGACAACUGACGGUCAUAGAUUACUAUAUUUAACUGAUCAAAUUCGUGAGGCGUCAUACACAAAUCAAACAACUCUAUUGAAAAAUAUUUUACCAACUGUAAUCAGUUCUGAUGGAAGACAAUUCGGUGCCUGUGAAUUGCCAAAAGAAUUCAUCAACCCACUAGAACUUACAUUGAUGGAUUUCAAAUUUAUCGAUGGAACAACACGAAAAUCUGCAUAUAAUUCACUUGUUAGAAAUACAAAGCGCAACAAACGAAAUAUUAAACAGUCACAUAAAUCGUCAUUGUCUUAUUCGCAAAAUAUGCAAAAUUCCGAUACAAAUUUAACAUCGGAUUUAUAUCAAAAUAUCAUACAACAAACUAAUAAAAAUAGAAUCAUAUUAAAUUGUCCAUAUUUAAGCCAUUUAACAAACACAUCAAAAAGUAUUCAAUCUAUGGAAAAUGAUUAUUUGAUUAAAUGUAUCAAUGUUCAAUGCAAAAUAAAUCAUUUCAAACAUGGUGAUACAGUAAGAUUAAAAUGGACUGGUUGGUUAUGGGCUGAAACAUUUUUCCAGUUGCAAAAAUCUGAUAUACAAUUUAUCAGUAGACUAAACAUUGAUAAUUGGGGUGAUCUACCUAUGGUUAUUAAAGCUUACCAUGAUAUUCAAGAAAAUCUUUCACGCAAUCAAAGUCAUACACUGAAAACUAGUGUCAAAUUUAUUGAUAUUAAAUAUCCACUUGACAAUUACUUUGAACUUAAACAAUCAAUCAUUUUUCAUGGUGUUCAGUUGAAAGUAACGCGCAAAGUACCAUUAUGGCCAGUUAUAACUGGUAUAGUUGUUGGUCUAUGGAUUUUGAUCAUUUUAUGUGCAUUAUUAUACUGUUGUGGAUUUUUCACUAGACGACGGAAAUAUUCUACAAUGACAGUAAAGAAAAUGUCUUUUUCACAUAUAAAUAAUAAUUUUAAUGAAGAAAAUCAUCAUGACAAUGAUAUUGACAAGUUUUCUGAAUGGAAUUCUUUGCCAGAUCCAUUGAUUAAAAGUGGAAAUAGUCAUCGUAAUCCAUUGGAAAUUUCUAAUUCAAAAUUUCCAAUGUUAAUCAAAAAUAAUCAGUUUAAAUAUGAUGAUAACAACGAGAAAGUCAGUCAGUCAAAUUCGAAUGAUAACUUAUUUUCAGAAGAACAUGUUAACAAGGAUAAUGUACAGGCUUAUGAUAAUGAAUGUCAACAUGCUCUAGUUAAAACAUUGACAAAACCUAAUGAGAACGAUGACUGUUUCAACUUAUUAUUAUUAAAACAACCUAAAACAAUAUCACCAGAAAAAUAUGAAUCACAAAAGUUAGAAGUUAUUGAAGAAGACAAGGAAUCAUCUAGAUCAUCAAUUUCUUAAACCAAUGGCAUUUAAUUUUGAACGUGUGUGAAUUUUCUCGAAAAGUCAUGAAUAACAAACAAUUGGUCUUCAAAAUUCGAUAAUGACGUUGUUUUUUUUGAUUUUUAAAAGAGAUAAUUCUGAACAUCAGUAUUUUAUGGCAUAAGUUUCACACAAAUUCAUAUCUAUUUCUGUUCCUUUCAUCACUUUGAUGUUUACACAUAUGAAGCACUAUUCAAACUUCAAUGUGUAAUAAAACUGUUUUAAAAUUUGAGUUUUUUGUUUACUAUUUCAGUUAACUAAUCCCAUAUUGAUAAUGAAUAGACAAAUUACCAUCUUAUGGUUAUAACUUUAUGGAAUAUUAGAUAUGAUGAUAUAUCUAUAAGAAAUUUUCGAUAGAAUAUUAUCUUUUUGUUUGAAUAUCUAUUUUUAAUAAAAAAAAAGCUGUCAUAAAUCUCUUUCAAUACAUUUAAUGGGAAUAAAAU